CUGGCUGUUGUUGUUUCAGUUUGGGUUAGAGCAAGGCUGAAGUUAUCCUGACAUUUCUGGGAGGAGAUCCAACAAAAGAAAGUGGGAGGGGGGAUAAGAGCAAGUGGGAAGGCAGGAGGGGAAAAAAAGAUUAGUCAGGUCAGGGAGAAGUAGGUGAGGAGAAAGUGUUUUCUCAGUCUCCCCUUUGCCUCUGUGUGUGAGUGUUUCAAUUCUGCCUGGAAAAUCUAUUAGCACUGAUGCUUUGGCUCCUGGGAGACAAAGGAGCUCCACUCCAAACAGGAGGAAGGGACUGAUGGGGAGGAUCAGGAAACUUUAAAAGAGAAAGAGGGAGCCCAGAGCUUCAGCAUCAGCAGCCACAACACACUCAAGAGUCAGCAAAAUGUGCCUCUCUGGGGCUGCUCAGGAGAAAAGGCAGAACCAAGGCUAGAUGGAGAGAGGCAAAGAUCCUUUAGGACAUUCUCCUGCACUACUCCGGACUUGGUAAAGAAAGAAAGAAGCAAGCCUUGUUGCACUAGUACAUAGUGAGUUGCACAUACCCUGGAGGAGCUUCUUUUGUAGCAGGAAAAAUAUAUAUGUUCUGUUGCUGGCAUCCCGUCUCAAUGGCAAAGCCCUUGGUAUAAAAAAAGGUUCUGGAAAGCAACACUUUGGGAAGGUGACGUUUGCUGUGAGGUGAGUGCCACCAUGAACUGGACACCAGUUUUGAGCUUUACGGUACUGUGGGCAGCAUGGCUAGUGUGUGGCUCAGAAAAGCCCUUGAGGCAAGCUGGUAGAGGAAGUCUAGGGUCCAGAAAAGUGCCUCUGGCCCACCGGGGAAGCAGUACUGGCAGAUUCACUUCUCAGACAAGACGAACGGAAGCAUCUGACAGACUGGUUUACCCUUCUGGGAGGUUUCGCCAACGCCCCCUUGUCAAAAGGGAUUCUUUGGAGCCUAAGAGCCCACAAGCAGGCACCAUGGAAGAGGCAUCUCCUGCUCAGGUGAAGAAUGGUGGGAUUCAGUUACAGCCAAUGCAGAGACCUAAAUCAGAAAUGGUUAAGGAUGAGGGUGCAUCCACCACAUUCCGGUCGCGCAUGGUGCGUUUCCCAUCUGGAUCCAGUUCUCCCAACAUUCUAGCUAGCUUUGCUGGAAAGAACAGAGUCUGGGUCAUCUCUGCUCCUCACUCCUCUGAUGGUUAUUAUCGGCUCAUGAUGAGCCUGUUGAAAAAUGAUGUAUACUGUGAACUGGCUGAGAGGCAUGUGCAGCAGAUCGUCUUGUUCCAUGAGGCUAGUGAGGAGGGCGGCAAAGUCAGGAGGCUCACCCCUGAAGGGAAAAUUCUGGAGCAGCCUCUAGAUCCCAGCCUCAUUCCCAAACUCAUGAACUUCCUGAAACUAGAGAAGGGGAAAUUUGGUAUGGUGCUGCUGAAGAAGACGCUGCAAGUUGAGGAAAGAUACCCCUACCCAGUCAGAUUAGAAGCUAUAUACGAAGUCAUUGACCAAAGUCCCAUCAGGAAAAUCGAGAAGGUCAGACAAAAGGGUUUCAUACAGAAGUGCAAAGCAGCAGGAGUAGAGGGCCAGGUUGUUGAGGAAGGCAACAAUGGUGAUGGUAGCAGCGCUAGAGCAACACCAAGUGUUGAACAGACCCAGGCUUUCUCCAGGAAAGAAGAAAGCAGGAAAAGCAGUGUCCAUCCAACAAGGGUUAAAACUGCAAAGAGAGUUGUAGCAACUACAGUGCUGCCGCUUUCCCCUGCAGCCCCUACAACUAGAGCCACUACCAUUCCUCCCUCAACCACAACUUUCAGGCCAGUCACCAGAACAGUGACAAUUGCAAGCAGACUUACAACUACCACCACCGUCACUCCUCCUGUAACACAGAGAACAUGGACCACAAAAUCACACACGUUGCUUCCCACAGCGCCUGUGGCUACUCCUGCUCGGGUCACAGAGAAUUUCUCCUCUCCUGUAUGGAAAGAGAACCACAGAGAAAGGCAUCCAGGCCACACACAGAGAAAACCAACAGCAACUAGGAGACCCAGCAAAGCUGUUCGUUAUGACACUUACACUGAGAUCCCAACAGCUUCCUCAGAGCACUACACCAGGACAAGUGCUGGCCGAUACCGGGACAACCGCACUGACAGGAAGGACUAUAACAGCAGGGAUCCCAGUGUCACAUCAGGUCAACACAAGCCUGCUAAAAGCAAGCCCCCUAAAAAGAAAGCCCAAGACAAACUGCUGAGCAAUGAAUAUGAAGAUAAAUAUGACUCAGGACAGCCUGCUGUUCCUCAUUUAGAGGAAGAGGUGCCAGUGAGGAAUAUCCCGCCCAAGAAAGGGAAAGAUCCAAAGAAACAUGACCGCUUAGAUAAAGCCGAGAAGAAGAAGAAAGAAAGAGCAGACAAGAAAAAUGAGAAGCAGGCCAAGAAGGACAAAGCUGCAAAGAAAAACAAACAGGAGAAAGAGCGCAACAAGAAAAACAAGAAAGCAAGCAAAACAGACCAUGAGGGAAUCCUGAAACCCAAUGCCAAGUCUUUCACACAGACUUCCAGGAAAUCUGUCACAAACAUUUUGGAUUUCUUUGAAGGCAAAAGACGACUCCUGCUGAUCACAGCACCCAAGGCUGACAAUACCAUGUAUAUUCAACAGAGAGAUGAGUAUCUGGAAAGCUUUUGCAAAAUGGCAACAAGAAAAAUUUCAGUCGUCACCAUCUUUGGCACCACAAACAACAGCCGCAUGAAGAUUGACCACUUCCAGCUAGACAACGAGAAGCCCAUGAAAGUGAUAGAAGAUGAAGAUCUUAUGGACCAGAAUCUCAUUAGUGAACUGAGAAGAGAAUAUGGAAUGACAUACAAUGACUUCUUCAUGGUGCUGACAGACACUGAUAUGAGGGCUAAGCAAUAUUAUGAGAUGCCCAUAGCCAUGAAGUCUGUGUUUGAUCUGAUUGAUACCUUCCAGUCCCGCAUUAAAGAUAUGGAAAAACAGAAGCGUGAAGGCAUUGUCUGCAAAGAUGACAAGAAACAGUCCCUGGAGAACUUUUUAUCAAGAUUCCGAUGGAGGAGAAGGCUGCUAGUGAUAUCCGCUCCCAAUGAUGAAGACUGGGCCUAUUCUCAGCAGCUUGCAGCCCUCACUGGGCAAGCCUGCAAUUUUGGUCUUCGCCAUAUAACCAUCCUCAAGCUUUUGGGCCUGGGAGAAGAGAUUGGUGGAGUGUUAGAAUUAUACCCAAUAAAUGGGAGCUCUAGUGUGGACAGAGAAGACGUCCCUGCUCAUUUGGUGAAAGACAUCCGCAAUUAUUUCCAGAUCAGCCCUGAAUAUUUCUCCAUGCUUUUGGUUGGAAAAGAUGGGAAUGUCAAAUCCUGGUACCCUUCCCCAAUGUGGUCUAUGGUGAUCGUAUAUGAUUUGAUUGACUCUAUGCAGCUUCGACGACAGGAAAUGGCUAUCCAGCAGUCACUUGGCAUGCGAUGCCCAGAAGAUGAAUAUGCAGGGUAUGGCUACCAUGGUUAUCACCAAGGGUAUCAGGAAGGUUACCAAGAUGAUUAUCGUCACCAUGAAAGUUAUCACCAUGGAUACCCCUACUGAAAUUAGCAAUUUAACCUAUGACUGUACACGCCUUGGAAAUUUUAAACUUCUAGCCACAGAAAUCUUUUCACGGCCAUUGAACAGGUUCCUUGCAUUCAGGCACAAAAAUACAUAAAUAUUGGACUCUGACCUUCUCUAUGAAACACAUAUCCAUGAAGUGAAAUAGGUCAAAUUAAUAUCACUGAUGCCUUAUGGAAUAAAGACUCCUUCAUAUUUUAGAGCCAUUUUAAUGUGAGGGUAUUAUCAGGUGCUAUGUAUGUAUAAAUACCCUCUUUCCCUAUUCCGAUGAUGAACAUUGUACUGUAGGCAGGAUAUAAACUGUACAGUAGACAUUAAUACUUAUAUAAGCUUUUUCCGUUCACUUGAAGGGGAAAAGUAUUUAUUGGAAAGUAGUGAUUUGUAUUUUUUUUUCUUGAAGAAAUGGAAUGGAUUGUAUAAGAAAAUGUAACCCUUAAAAGAUAAGCUUUUGAGAAAGAAAUACAAAAGAAGUCCUUUAGAAAACUGAGUGCUAAAGGAUUUUUAAAAAAUG